AUGUCGGGCUGGGGCAAGGGCGGAAGCGGCAGCGCCAGCGGUUGGAAGGGCCGCUGGAACAACAAGGGCAGCCCCAAAGGAGGCAAGGGGAAGCUCGCGGAGAAGCGAGAGUUUGCGAAGAAGGUGCCUUGGGAGAACCGGCUGUCGAAGUGGUUCUUGCGGCCGUAUGUGGAGCAAGGCGGCAGCCCCUUCAGUGGCGGCCGCGGAGUGGCCGAGAGCAGCCUUUUGACUUCGUGGCACCUGAGCAAUGUCUUGGACGAGACCUGCUCCGAAUACUGCGCCCGUCAAGGCAUUGCGCUGUCCGAAGGGGCUGCGAACUGUGAGGUGGGCGCCUUCCUGCUGCAGUGCCACUUUGCGGACCGCGCUGCACCCGAGGGCUUGAAGAAGGCUGGCAUCGAGCGGCUCCUGCAAGCCCUCCAAUCACCGGAGGGCAAAAAGUUUUUGGAGAGCUGCCAUUAUUUGAACACCGCCCACACAGAUGUGGACAGGUCCGCAGCCGCCACCACCCAAGCUGUGAAGCGCUUCGUCCGCUUCUUCACUGCGGACGCGGCGGACAAAGAAGUGGCCUUUCGGCAAGCACUGCGCUUCGCAGCCCGCCUCUACUUGUUUGCUUUCGAGGGCCUCGAGGCACUGACGGCCUUGAGCCAUCCCAAGGCCAUGGCCGCGGGCGUCCACAAAGUUGGCCAACAAACGGCGUUGCCGCCGGAGAGCACUGAAUGGCUUCGCGACCCGGAAAAUCCGGAAGCCUUGCUGGCGGCCCUUGUGGCCUCCUUUCAGAAGCAAAAGCACGAUACCGCCACAACGGCCAAGGGCGGAGGCGACAGCCGCGCGCCCUGGGAUGACGGGGCUGUGGAAGAGAGGCCUCCCAAGACACGCAAAGGCAAGGGCGGGAAGCCGCUGGUGGAUGCACUGGCCUCGGACAAUGAAGACGGCUUGGGCGCCACAAAGGACAUUGAUUUGGCUUCCUCCGAGGACGAGGCGCCGCCCCCGGCCGGCUUAGAUGUCAGCGAGUGGCCGCUGGAGAAGAUCGAAGCGUUGAAGGAGCUCCUCACCGAGCUGGAAAACAAGUUGGGCGGCAAGGAUCGCCCGAGCCUUCAGCAGGUGCAAGCGGCCCUGCAGGACAUACCAGAGACCAUCUUGAAACAUCAGGGCCUGCAAAAGACAGUCGGGUCUUUCAUGACGAAGACACGAUAUCCAAAAACCGAGAACCUCAAGACUCUGCUGAAAGCUCUGAAGGACAUGGCGGUCGCUGCCGAGACCGCGUGGAAGCAGUGA